CCACCCCUCCGGGGAGUCCAGGCCUGGAGGCUCAGCAAAUCCCUUCAGAGAAAUAUUUGAAAUAAAAGCGAAGGGAGAGGGGCCGGAGCCAAGGCAGAGGGAGGCAGCGGGGCCAGCAGCCUGGGCCGGGGGCAGCGGAGGUGGCAGAGGACCAUGCGCCUCUCCAAAGCCCUCAUGGACAUGGAGAUGGCCGACUACAGCGCGGCGCUGGACCCGGCCUACACCACCCUGGAGUUUGAGAACAUGCAGGUGCUGGCCAUGGGCAGCGCAGACACAUCUCCAUCAGAAGCAGCCAGCAUCAACACUUCCAGCAGCAUCGGGGUGAGCGCGCUGUGUGCCAUCUGCGGGGACCGUGCCACGGGGAAGCACUAUGGCGCUUCCAGCUGUGAUGGCUGCAAGGGCUUCUUCAGGAGGAGUGUCAGGAAGAACCACAUGUACUCCUGCAGGUUUAACAGGCAGUGUGUGGUAGACAAAGACAAGAGGAACCAGUGCCGCUACUGCAGGCUGAAGAAGUGCUUCCGAGCAGGGAUGAAGAAGGAAGCUGUGCAGAACGAACGCGACCGGAUCAGCACCCGCAGGUCAAGUUAUGAAGACAGCAGCUUGCCCUCCAUCAAUGUCCUACUGCAGGCAGAAGUCCUGGCACAGCAGAUAUCAUCCCCAGUUCCUGUGAUCAACGGAGACAUUCGAGGGAAGAAGAUUGCCAACAUCUCUGACGUUUGUGAGUCCAUGAAGCAGCAGCUGCUGGUGCUGGUGGAGUGGGCCAAGUACAUCCCUGCCUUCUGUGAGCUGCCCCUGGAUGACCAGGUAGCACUGCUGCGAGCACACGCAGGGGAGCAUCUGCUACUGGGAGCUGCCAAGAGGUCCAUGGUGUUCAAGGAUGUCUUGCUGCUAGGGAACGACCACAUCAUCCCCCGGAACUGCCCCGAGCUGGUGGAGGUGAACCGCGUGGCCGUGCGCAUCCUGGACGAGCUAGUGCUGCCCUUCCAGGAGCUGCAGAUAGACGACAAUGAGUAUGCCUGCCUGAAGGCCAUCAUCUUCUUCGACCCAGAUGCCAAGGGCCUGAGCGACCCCUCCAAGAUCAAGCGGCUGCGGUACCAGGUGCAGGUGAGCCUGGAGGACUACAUCAACGACCGGCAGUACGACUGCCGCGGCCGCUUCGGGGAGCUGCUGCUGCUGCUGCCCGUGCUGCAGAGCAUCACCUGGCAGAUGAUUGAGCAGAUCCAGUUCGUCAAGCUCUUCGGCAUGGCCAAGAUUGACAACCUGCUGCAGGAGAUGCUGCUGGGGGGCUCAUCAAGCGAAACGCCGCACGCUCACCACCCCCUGCACCCCCACCUGAUCCAGGAGAACCUGGGAACAAAUGUCAUUGUGGCCAACACAAUGCCUCCUCAGAUGCACAACGGGCAGAUGUCUACUCCAGAAACUCCACAGCCAUCUCCACCUGCAGGCUCAGGACCAGAGCAGUACAAGCUGCUGCCUGGAGCCAUCGCCACCGUGGCCAAGCAGCCCACCUCCAUCCCACAGCCUGCCAUUACCAAGCAGGAGGUCAUCUAGUGACCUGCACAGCACCUAGCCUUGGUUAGAAGACCAUGUGGGAGAAGAGCCCAAACUGACUCUGUCACUGUGAAAGGAGAAGCCAUCCAGAGGUGCUUGGGUGCAAACACAUGGGCUUGGUUAUUGGACUGGUCCACCACCAUCAGAAGCUGUCCUCCUGCAGAGACAGACAGGAUGUGCCAUGGGCAGCCUCAAGUCCCAGAACCAAGGCUGAAGCCUUCCUGAAACCCUCAGUUCUCAGGGCCAGAUUUCUGUCUCCCUCUGUGGGGAGGUGGCAGGGACUGGCUGAGGACAAUGCAGCUGCCUGUUCCCCCAUUGCCACCUCUCAGCAUUGGUGGGUACACACCUGACCCUGUGACCUCUCUGUGCUGUGUGAGCACACGGCUUCCCUCCUGCAACCAUGCCAGCUCUCCAGACAGCCCCCAGUCCAGCCAAACUUGAUGGAGAUGGAAGCUCCUUUGGGAGCAUAACAGCAGGUGAAGAAUGUGGGUUUUGCCCAGGCACCACUGGCAGAACCACUCCUCACCCUUGGCUAGUCCCAGGUCCUUGCAUGGUGUCCCCUCAGCACACAGACCCUCCUAGACAGAUCUAACAAACCUUUACAGCUGAUCCUGGGGCAAAUUCUCCAUUGUUUGGAUCCUUCUGCCCUUGGAGAGGUUUUGUUAUUUCUCUGCCAUGACCACCCCUCCCACCACAGGGCUCAGAGAGACAACCACUGCCAAAUCCCCCCUUUACACCACUUACUGCCUCCUUGCUACCUGGACUGGGAGACUGGGGAACCAUGAGAUUCAGAAGAUUUCAGCUGAUGGGAUGGGGUCACCCCUUACAGGCUGGUGGUGGGCAGCACUACCCAAGUAUCACUGGCCCAAAUAGUGCUUCUCAGCAGUCAGAAGAAGAUCACUGGAUACCUGUUUGGAAGGAAGCAGAGGAAAGGACAUAUGAAGGGGAGAGAGCUGUGAGGGUGGGAAGAGUCCAGGCCUCACAGACUAGACCAAGGUCUUGAGCUGACCAAGUCCUGGGAGCAUUGUAACCCAGGAUCUCAGCUGAGCUAUGCUCUAUAAUCUGCUUGUCCAGCCCAGUGCCACUGCUCCAGCAUGGAGAGAGUGGCUGACAACAGAUGGAAAAACCUUCACAAUAGGAUAAGAACUCCUCAUGGCUCCUUCAGCCCUCAAAGGCUUUGAGGGCAGCAGCCUCAGAACCACUGCUUCAAUUCCUGCAGAGAAUGGCAGAGGCCAGGGCAAGGGCCCUGCCUCACCCAAGUCCCUUGGGUCUGCACCCACCUGCCCUGUGCCCUCCCUGCCACAGCCCUUGUUUCUCUGUGCCUGCCUGUGCCCAAGCUUCACAGCUCUGUCCCUUGGUUUACAGCAGAGCCCAACAGAGCUGGGCCCUCCUGCACCCAGCACUGGUUCCUCUGGGUGCCAGCAGGGCUGGGCCCUCCUGCACCCAGCACUGGUUCCUCUGGGUGCCAGCAGAGCUGAGCCCUCCUGCACCCAGCACUGAUUCCUCUGGGUGCCAGCAGGGCUGAGCCCUCCUGCACCCAGCACUGGUUCCUCUGGGUGCCAGCAGGGCUGGGCCCUCCUGCACCCAGCACUGGUUCCUCUGGGUGCCAGCAGAGCUGAGCCCUCCUGCACCCAGCACUGAUUCCUCUGGGUGCCAGCAGG